ACUCCAAAGCCUUCUUCGAUCAUUCCAAUAUUCCAUGUAACAAACAUCCUGACAAAAAAAAAAAUGUUGUCAGACCAAAAAUAUCCAAACCCCCCUUUUUUCCCGGUAUAGAAAUUUAGAUAGUUUUUAUCAAAAUUUUCUAUUCUAUACCGGGUUUGAUCCGUAAAUUCAUGGUGCGAUAAGUCUUAAUCUCUAUUCAUAACCAACACAGCUCUCUCACAGUCUUGUAGCUCCAGACUGUCUGAGAGAGAGAAGUGAAAAAAACAAAAACAACGCGGCUCCGUCGAUACCGCCACACUUUUUCCCUCGCUGUUUUUUUUUUUCUUCAAAUAAACGGUUACUCACCAAAAACAGAAUUUCUAGUUUUCAUUUUUAUAUAUAUAUUUUUUUUCAAUAGAGAUGGAGAGAUCGGAGCGAGGAAAACAAACGGUAAUUCCUGAACCGGAGCGCCACCAACACCACCGAGCCGGGAGGGCUCGACCGCCGAUUCGACAGCCGUCUCGGAUUCCGUUACGGCGGUUGCUCCGGGUCGCUUCGGUGGCGUGCGGGAUUCAAUUCGGCUGGGCUCUGCAGCUCUCGCUGCUCACGCCGUACGUGCAGGAGCUCGGGAUUCCGCACGCGUGGGCCAGCGUGAUAUGGCUCUGCGGCCCGCUCUCGGGACUGCUGGUUCAGCCGCUGGUCGGGCUCAUGAGCGACCGGAGCACCAGCCGGUUCGGGAGGCGGAGACCGUUCAUAUUGGCCGGAGCUCUGUCGAUCGUCCUGGCGGUUCUGAUCAUCGGACACUCGGCGGACAUAGGGUGGUUGUUAGGGGACCGCGGCGAUUCUAGGCCGAGGGCUGUGGGGGCUUUCGUUUUCGGGUUUUGGAUUCUGGAUGUGGCUAAUAAUAUGACUCAAGGUCCUUGUAGAGCUCUGCUUGCCGAUCUCACAGGAAAGGAUCAUCGAAGGACUCGAGUGGCAAAUGCCUAUUUCUCUCUAUUUAUGGCUAUUGGUAAUGUUCUUGGCUUUGCAACCGGAGCGUAUAGUGGCUGGUUCAAAAUUUUGCCGUUUACUUAUACCACUGCAUGCACUGUUAAUUGUGCAAAUCUCAAGUCUGCUUUCUUUAUCGACAUUUUUUUCAUUGCAAUUACUACAUAUAUAAGCGUUACAGCAGCUCAGGAAGUGCCACUAGUUUCGAUCGAUAGAUCCACUCCCUCUGCUGAAGACGGGCCAGGAACGUCAGGUCAAGCUGAAGAAGCUUUCCUCUGGGAACUGUUUGGGACUUUUAGAUAUUUUUCAGGGACUAUAUGGAUAAUCCUGCUUGUUACUGCUUUGACUUGGAUUGGAUGGUUUCCAUUUCUUCUUUUUGAUACAGAUUGGAUGGGUCGAGAGAUUUAUGGUGGCAAGCCUAAUGAAGGGCAGAAUUAUAGUAUUGGAGUUAGAAUGGGUUCAUUUGGUCUGAUGUUGAAUUCAGUUGUUCUUGGAGUAACUUCGUUGCUCAUGGAGAAGCUCUGCAGUAAGUGGGGGGCCGGUUUUGUGUGGGGGAUUUCAAAUAUCCUCAUGGCUCUCUGCUUUCUUGCAAUGCUAGUAGUUGCCUUUGUGGUGAAGAGUUUUGACUUUGAAGGCAAUGCUCUACCUCCAAAUGGCAUUGUAAUAGCUGCACUGGUGAUUUUUGCAAUUCUUGGUGUUCCUUUGGCGAUCACUUACAGUGUUCCAUAUGCCUUGAUAUCCACACGUAUAGAGUCUUUGGGACUUGGCCAAGGAUUAUCAAUGGGUGUUUUGAAUCUGGCAAUAGUGAUCCCACAGGUGGUGGUGUCCCUGGGAAGUGGACCAUGGGAUCAGCUAUUUGGUGGUGGAAAUUCUCCAGCCUUUGCUGUGGCAGCAGUUGCAGCCUUAGCUAGUGGACUCAUAGCCAUCUUAGCUAUUCCUCGAUCUAGUCCUCAGAAGCCCAGAGCCCUCAUAUGAGGUAUUUUGUUGUAUCAAAUUUUUUCACAUCUCUAUCAAGUUAAAUCAGUAGUGAGAAUUUGUAGAUAGCUAUUGUUACUUUUACCUAUUAAUACAAACAAUUACUUGAGGUUCACUUUAU